UGGACUGUGGCCUAACAACCCGGCCAUGCAUGAUGCAUCCAUAGCUUUCUUGUUUAUAAAACUUCGGUUAUCAGAUUGUCAGGUCGAGCCGAGUCGUCUCCGCGAGCAUUCACAGGCCAUCCUGCUUUCUUCAGUUAUGGAACAAGUUGAGCAACCGCCGCAACUUCAUGUCAUAGUUCAAGAAGCCAAGGAGGUAGAGGCAAUGUCAGGGGACGAGACGACGAUAAGACAGACACUGCUGCAGAGCGUCCAGUGCUGCAAUCAAUGGUGGCUGCGGUUAUUCUUCUUCACCGUCCUCCUCAUAUGUGGUCAGUCAGCAGGGACUCUAUUGGGAAGGCUUUAUUUCAAUGAAGGCGGUAAAAGCAAAUGGAUGGCGGCAUUAGUACAGCCUGCUGGUUUUCCGAUUCUUAUACUUCUUCUGAUCAUUUUCCACAUCUUUCCCAGUUCUUGCAAAGCCAAGGACUCGAAGUUUUUUGUUUCACUCUUUACUCUGGCCUCUCUGUAUUUCAGCUUUCUCGGCCUUGUCAGUGGAGGCCUCACAAUGAUGUAUACAUAUGGCCUUUGUUAUCUUCCUGUGUCUACUUAUGCCCUCAUUUGCUCCACGCAGUUGGCUUUUAAUGCUGUUUUUGCCUUCUAUAUUAAUUCGCAGAAGUUCACUGCCCUGAUACUGAAUUCUGUAGUCCUCUUGACGACGUCUGCAGCUUUACUUGUUGUCGGAGUUGACAACACGAAUUCUAAAGGUGGUUCUGAUAAACAGAAGUUUUUGCUUGGAUUCAUCUUCACAAUUGGUGGUUGUGCUAUCUAUGCUCUAGUGUUAUCCGUCACUCAGCAUUUGCUCCAGAAAGUACUGAAGAGCGUGACCCCUGUCGUGAUUCUUGAACAGAUGAUUCUCCAGUCAUUCGCUGCAUCAGCUGUCUGUGCAGUUGGCCUGUUCGCCAGUGGCGAGUGGAAGACUAUGGCGACAGAAAUUCAUGACUAUCGACUGGGGAAGACGUCGUAUGUCAUGACAUUAGUGUGGACGGCUGUUUCGUGGCAAGUGUAUACCAUCGGCUCAUUCGGGUUGCUCUUUGAGGUGUCGUCGCUGUUCACAAAUGUCAUCGGUACAGUGGCAUUGCCGAUUGUUCCGGUUCUUGCUGUGUUCUUCUUUGACGAUAAGCUGAAUGGGGUUAAAGUUGUGGCUAUGUUGCUAGUUAUCUGGGGAUUUCUUUCUUAUAUCUACCAACACUACCUUGAUGAUUUGAAGUCGAAAAAGGCGUUCAAGAAAAUUUCAGAUGAGAAUACAGAAUGCCCGCCUUGUGUUUGAGACGAUUAGAGGGCUAGCAUUAGAUUCAAUGGGUUGUUUCAUGGCCCUGUAAGUUUGUAACCAGCAGGCAAUAUGUGAUGAAUUGACGAGAAUAAACAAGUUACAUAA